CAUACAUACACACACACAACAACACACAUCUGUGUGUGAGAAAAAAAUGGAGGAUAACAUUAACAACGAAGAACAACAACCUACAGUCACCGGUGUCGACAAGGAGGUAGAGACCAUGCUGACGUGGGUAUUCUCAACAGACAAUGAUGACGUCGUUGAGUUAUCAAACUUUCUAGAAGCUUCAUCGGAGAACACGUGCCCAAUGAAGGUGAAGAUUAUCGACGAUCCUACCUGGCACCCGUUGACUUUUCAAACGGCGGCGUCGUACAUUACGAUUAACGGUAACGAGGAGCUUUGUGGGUCCUCGUUUUCGGAUUCGGAUACAUCGUAUAUGGCGGGUAUAGGUAUAGCUACUGGUUGCGGUUUGGGAGGCGCGUGGAGUGCUGUUUCGGAGGAGGCGCGUUGGCGGACAGAGAUGGAGGGGGAUGUGAAUUGUUUGGACAGUGGUUCAACUGCGGUUGUUUAACAUUUUAAGGUUAUUGUGUUGCCCACGCAUGAUGCAAGUUAGUGUCUUUCACGCGCUGCAAAUGGGUUUAGGGUUUUGAAUUUGUGGUUUGUACUUUGUAGUUGAGAAAUGACUUGUACAAAUUUUGAUGGACGAAAAGAUAAAUGUAUCCGUAGAGGUGCACAAACCACUUAAUUUCAA